AUGUCAGACGACUAUAGACGGUCAAUCACUUGCCCAAUCACGGUGGAGCAGAAGGUCUUGCUUGACAUCAGAAGAAUGCUGCAGUCCAUGGGCAAAGAAAUAACGUCAUUCCCUCUUCCGAAAACGGAUGAAACAUAUGAAGACAUUGGCGGCGAGGCUAGGGAGAUCAUCGAGGAGUCCAGUAUCGCGGUCGACAUUGAGGACACUUCUCUAGCAUCCUCCCUUAACCCUGAGCAGAGGUCUGCAUACGACGAGAUACUUGCGGCUGUUGACAGCGGAACUGGAGGAGUGUUUUUUGUCGACGGGCCAGGAGGCACCGGGAAGACAUUCCUGUACAGGGCCUUGCUCGCUAAACUCAGAGGUGAGGAGAAGAUAGCAGUGCCUACGGCAACAGCGGGUAUCGCUGCUUCAAUCAUUCCAGGAGGCAGGACCACCCACUCGAGGUUCAAGAUACCCCUUAACAUAGUAGAUGGCGCGUCAUGCAGCUUCACAAAACAGAGUGGGUCGGCCAAGCUGUUGAGGAUGGCUUCGAUUAUAAUAUGGGAUGAGGCCACAAUGACCAAGCGUCAGGUGUCGUUGAUUCCUUUCUCAAGUAUUAGUUCAGAAUGA